AUGGCGGACUAUGAUGAGUACAACGAAAGUAAACAAUAUACCUUGUUUCCUUGUACUCAUCCUACUUGUGCCAAUUCCAAGAAAUGGUAUAAAAAACUUGAGCAGCACUAUAACUGCGCGCAUGAAGGGGAGCAGUGCUGUUUAGAAGAUGCCAUAAAAGAGCGAUGGAGACGGCGAGGACAAAGAAUGCUAAAUAAAAUUAUGCAAUCAUGUUCUGAUAUGGUUGGUAUAAAAUUAAUAUGUAUUUUCGACUAUAUAUCUUUAAGUCAAGAUUAACUUCAAAAUAAUCUUUUCAUAGCUAUUAGUUGGUAUUUUAACACUGUGUAUAAGUUUUUUAAUUUUUUGGUUCUUAGGCCACAUAAAAUAAAUUCCUUGAUUCUCAUCACUACACUUUGAAAAUGUCGAAGAGGCGGGAGGUUUAUAUUUUAUAUUUAUAUAAUUUAAAAUAUAUCAAUAAAUAAAAGUGUCACAAACUUAAAUAAACAUAUUUCUCCACAAACAAUGACUGGGCCCUUGAACUGAAUGCGAAGUUCCGUUAAAAUGCAAUGAAAUUUCUUUCAAGGUUCUAUUUGUUUGAAAUUGGCAGUUUAAAAUGGCACUAAAAACCCAAUAUAAAAUAUAAAAAACUUAACUGUCUUGAAAUAUUUUGUCGGGCGGUACAUUUAUAUUGUAUAACAAAAUAUAAAAAAAAUUCACGCGGCUCUUAAAAUACAGUGGGGCGGUGAUGAGAAUCAAGGAAUUUAUUUUAUGUGGCUUUAGGGACAAGUCAUUAAUAUUAAUGCCGGGUAGGGAGCCGAAGGAAAUUUUUAUGAAUAGCAAAAAUUUUUCAUGACCCCUUAAGGAUUUUUCUAACAAAAUCAUUUUAUCACCCCCCCUUAUUGAGGCAACAUAUUUCAUAGCCCCCCCCCCCAAUUCUGAAUUCGAUGACUCUAAGUCAGUUUCAUAAACAUUUUUCCUGCCCUCAUACUCAGUUUACUUGCAGCUGUAAAGAAUAUUGUAAAUAUUGAAAAUGAUAGCCAAGGUGGACAGGAGUGACUUUAGUUUCACAAUAGACACGAUAGAUAAUUCAGACUUUAUACCUGAAAAGUUGUUGGCCCUCAAACAAAAAACCCACACAUCAGGCCUAGUCUUUUACUAAUUGAAAAAAAUACAUUUGUGUCUGGUGGAAGCAUUAUAUUGAAGAGAUGGCAGAGGAGACUGUCAACAACAUGCAGAAACAGAACAUGCCAAAGAGGUCCACUGUGUUAAAAAGUGUAAAACAGGGCAACAACUGUCAAUUAAUUCUUGCAUUUGCAAAUGCAUAUCACGACCCUCUAGACAAAUUCUACGGUGAUGAUGAGGAUGACAAUUUCCAUAUACAGUAGCUAGAACACAACUUUAGGUUCCGAUAUAUUGGGCAUUACUGUUCAAUGUAUGUAUGUAUACUGUAUAUAUCCAUAACUCUUUUGAUAUUACAUGUUACAAACUAUUCCAUAGAUUUUAUUUUUUGCCCCCCCCCUUUAUGUUCAAAAUAUUUUCUCCCCCCCCCCUCGCUGGUCAAAAAUUUUUUGUGGCCCCUCUAAAUUUCCUCCGGCCCCCUACCCAGCAUUAAUAAUGACUGGUCCUUUAAAACUAUAAAUCAGGAUUUUUUUCAGGGAUUUUUUUAGGGCCAUUAAUAAAACUGCCCCAAAAACUCAAUCUUAAAUUGAGUUUUGAAACUCAAUCUUCUCACCAAAGUUUCAGUGCAGUAAAAAUGAAGUUGUUUGAGUUAAAUUUUGUAUGUGUGGAAAUUAGUUUUCAGUUGCAAGCCCAACAAUUAAGAAAAAAUGGCUGGAAUUCAUCUCACAACACAAGAAAAACUAUGCAUUCGCCGUCUCAACUACAUUUAUUGAGUACAGGUGUCAGCUCCCCGGUAGGGGUGGGGGGGGGGGUGCAGCCACCCCAGCUGUUCAGCUAAACUCAAUCUUCUCUGCAAAAACGGACCCAAAAAAAAAUCCUGAAAAAAACCCUGAUAAAUAUAUUUUAUCAUUUUUUUCUUUUGAGGUUGAUGGUAACAUUUAUAAUUUGAGUUCAUGUGAACAAGACUUUCAACUCCAAUCUACAAGCUCGGAAAUAGCUGAAUUGAAAGUUGCAUGCGUAUUACUGGAACAAGGGAAAUUGAAACAAUAUUCUGAAGAGCCAUACAGAGAAAUAACUGUGAAAACACCCAAUGAGACUGUAGUAUAUGAAGCUUGGAAAGAAUUUGACGAGCAACAAGAUAAAUAUCUUCCUAAAAUCCAAACAAAGAGAACAACUGUUAACAUGGGAUGGUUUGAAAAUAAUACAGGACUUUCAGAUAUUGCUACAAGCACUGAGUUUGGUAUACCAGAGGAAAGACGUGAUGAUGUUGAUGAUGUGAGUGACCCGUUUUCAUCUGUAUGUAUCAGCUCUGAGUCUCUUGUGGCAGCUACAGAAACAGUUCUUAAACAGUUAACAAUGCCUGUAACACAGGCCGAGCAACUACUUCCUCUAAUGGAAGCAAUCUUUGGCCAUUCAUCAUUUCAGCUGAAACAAAAACAAGCUAUUAAUUCAUGCCUGCAAAAAAAGAAUACAUUUGUUGUGAUGCCCACCGGAGGGGGAAAGUCUAUGAUAUAUCUCCUACCAGCAUUGGCACAACAUGGUUUAUCUAUUAUUAUUUCACCGCUUAGAUCACUGAUUGAAGAUCAAAUUUCCAGAUGCACUUCUCUCGGUAUAUGCUCAGCCUUUAUAAUGGGGGAAAUGACUAAUACUGAAAAACAGAAAGUAUAUUGUGGUCUCAAGCAGCCACAAUGUCCAUUCAAGGUGUUAUAUACCACACCUGAGGUAAUCACAACUGAUAAAUUGCUUCGUGAUAUUUUACUCUCUUUGCAUUCAACUGGAGCCAUUCAGCAGUUUGUCAUUGAUGAGGCUCACUGCGUUAGCCAGUGGGGUCAUGACUUCAGGCCAUCAUACACUGAUGUUAAAUUAAUUUUUUAUGACUACCCCAAAACACCAGUUUUAAUGCUAACUGCAUCUGCAACAACCGAAGUUGUAAGUGAAGUGGUGGCAAUUCUUGGAUUAACAGAUGUAGAAGUGAUUACAUCUGAUUUUGAUCGACCUAACCUGGUUUAUUUGGUCCAACAGAAGUCAUCAAAAACAGUAGCAGAUAUUGUUGAUAUAGUUAAACCACUAUCAUGCUCACUUGUGUAUUGUUCAUCUCGAACAGAGUGUGAAGAAUUAUCAGCAAAACUGGAGUCUCACAGCAUCAUGUCAAAGGCAUACCAUGGGUCAAUGUCUAAACAGUUGCGUUCUUCCCUUUACACUCAGUGGAUGGCAGGAGACUUGCAAGUGCUAUGUUGUACAAGUGCAUUUGGUAUGGGUGUAAACAAAUCAAAUGUACGAGCUGUUAUUCAUUAUUCACUCCCUGCGUCUAUGGAAGAUUACUACCAACAAAUUGGACGUGGUGGGCGUGAUGGUCUACAAUGCAAAUGUGUAUUGUUUUUUAGUGCAACAGAUCAAAUAUGUCAUGUGCAGCGUAUUUUUGCCAAAUACAAUAAAGACAGUGCAGCUUUAAGUGCAAGACUUAAGAACUUCCAAGCACUCAUGAGCUAUUGCCUUAAUAAACAUCUCUGCAGAAAACGUGUACUUUUAAAUUAUUUUGGGCAGAGUCCUUUAAAAGAUUGCAAUUGUCAGUGUGAUGUUUGCACAACACAGUGUAAUACAAAGGAGUUGGAUAUUACUAAUUAUACUUUAUCAAUUGCUAACUGCAUUCAGAAACUAAAAAAUGACUACAAUGGGAAGAGGUUAACCGUCAAGCAGCUGGCAAACAUUAUCACUGGUAAGAAAACCUCUGAAAUUAUAAAGAAAAAGUACAAUGAGUUACCUGGUUAUGGUUGUUUUAUGGAAACAUCAGAGCAAGGUGAACUUCUAUUACGCAGACUUGUAGUGGUAGACAUUCUCAGAGAGGUUCCCAAUGAUGAGAAUCCAAGAAAUGCCUUGUAUGUUGAUAUCGGCUCCAAAUUUAUGACUAUUCUAAACAAUGAAAACAGAAUAACAUUUUUUAAGGUAAAUAAAUUGCGUUAA